AUGUUUCGCUGGUUUCGCAAUUUUGGCGCUCUCUUCAAGAAACCUCGAGGAGUAGGUAUUACGAAGACAGGUAGAUAAGUUCGAAUGCGCAUUGACUGAAAACAAAGAGAGCACGUUCAGAACACUCGAAUUUGAACUCACAACGAACACCUGGAGUUACGGACAGAGUUGGUGGACACGGAUCGGAAGAAGGGAGAAGCGAGGGCGGAAGUGAGAGGGAAAGAGUUUAGGAAGAAUCACGGACAGUUUCAGAGGGAGGCGGCGGCGGCGGCGGCGGCGGAGGUGGAGGUCAUGGAGGAGGUCAUGGAGGAGGUCAUGGAGGAGGUCAUGGAGGAGGUCACGGACACGGAGGUGGUGGUCACGGACAUGGGGGUCACGGAGGGGGAGGAGGUCGAGGAAAUGGUGGAGGAAAAGGUAGUCGUGGAGGCGAGAAGUCAGUAGGAAAGAUCGAUCGGAGCACCGCCAGCAAAGGAUCCAGUGAGUUCCAGUCAACUCCGAAAUUGUACUUUAAAACAACUUUUAGCGUAUUCCAAGUCCGCCAAAAGCACCUCACGGGGAAAUAGAAACAAGGGUUCCAAAAAAAGUAACAUUUCGCUUGAAAUAAGUAGGAGGAAAAAAUAACUGUUUACAGAUAAGUCCACGGCUUCUCGUUCCAGGAAGAACAGUACUACUAGCACUUCGACAUGCAAAACUGACACCCGGGGAUCGACCACGUCCUCCCAAUACUCGAAGAACAGUGGAACAUCCACAAAAAGUAAAAAUUUUCAGACAAUUCAAAAGCCGAUUUUUGUUCACUGACAGGCUCGAAAUACUCAACGAAUAGCACCUCAUCUCUGGGCUCGAAACCGAUCAGCAAGUCCCGCCGGGCUAGUCAGAAAUCGAAAUCUCGCACGGUUUCCGUCGCUUCCCGCAGACAAAUCAGAAGUAUUCCGAAGAAAUCUCAGAAAAGUUCAGUUGACUCGACGAGCACAGUUUCGACGGAUAAAUCGAGAGGAAGAAGUAUGAAUAGACGGGGAAACGUGAAUUCGGGUGAGGAAAUCUGCGGAAAGUGCACGACUGGAAGAACAAUUCAGAGAUUUCCCGCAGACAGUCGAGAAGUGUCUCUGAGUCCAGAAACAGAAGCAGAAGUGAGAGUCGCAGUACUUCCAGGCAACUCGCCAAAUCCGGUCAGAAUAUGUUCCUUUUUAAAGGCAUUGUAUCAUCUGAAUACAUAUUUCAGUCGGACGUCAGCAUGUGAGCAGGAGAGAUGCGUGCAAGCCACUCAAAAAUGUGCUCAGCCCUACGAAUGUUUGUAACAUGUUUCACCUGCAUUCUGAAAUUGAAAAUGCUCUUUCAGAGAGCCAAUUCGGUAUCGCGCAGCCUCUCUGCUCACCACGAAAAGCUCCUGCAGGAGAGACAAAAGACUUCGAAUGGCGUUUGGAAUGAGACAUUCCCGAAAGGAACUCUGAUCGUAUGUGUACUUCACUUUUGAAGCUUUUUGAGUGAUUCACUAAUUCAGAUGUACACAGACGGAUCGUAUCUCAAGCAUUCGCGCACUUCCGGCAUUGGAAUAUAUGUGAGCCCGAACCACGAACUGAACAAAUCGCAUCGCAUUCGCGGAAGCAUUCAGGAUAACAACUUUGCCGAGUUUAUCGCUGUGCGAACUGCACUGCAGAACGCCCUGAAACAUGAUAAGUACAAGUAAGGAUGAGACAUAAUCUGACAUGCUAAAUAAAAUUGCAGAGAUCAGAAGGUUAUCAUCCGAACGGACUGCCUGAAUGUGAUUGAAGCGUUGAAGGGAAUACGUUUCACUGCGUAAGUUGUAUGAGAGAAUAACAAAGAAUGCAUAUUAUUCAGAUAUCCGGAAGUCAAGGCAGAAGUGGAAGCUCUGUCGCAACAGUUUCCAAAGGGUGUCGACUAUCAGCACGUCUACGCUCACGAAGGAGAUCCUGGAAACGAAAUGGUUAGUUUCAAUCCAUUAACAUCUUGGUGAUUUAGAAUAUUUCAGGCUGAUCUGUAUGCAGGAGCAGCAACUGGAAAGAGUCAGAAUGGGUACGGAGGGGAUACAGCAGAAGUCGCAGUGCGAGUCGAGGUGAUUCCGCCGAUUGAUGAAUUCGCAUGACUUGUUCUACAUAUUGUUGCAGAGAGAAACCGUCAGAGAUCAAAGUCGAACGAUCCCGUGCUCAUCUGCAGGGGGAGCCAUUCGAUCCGAGGAAGACGCUGAAACCGGUCAAAGUGCUCUCUGAUCCACAAUGAAAUAUUUGUGCAAAACACAGACAGCCUGCAAAAGUUCACAGGAAUUCCGUGUCAAAGUCCGAUGCUUCAAAGAUGAAAAUAAUGAUGCAAAUUGAAGUGACGAUCGUCUUUUUUUGUACAAACCACGUGUCUACCUAUCAAUGAUAGUCGUUUGGCUUCCAGCUAGGGGUGCACCCGUGAAAUAGUCAUGUCUGUUUGAUGGACACAUGAUAACGACUGACGAAAACAGUACGCGGCGAUGGUUUUUGGCUUCUAGACCAAGGGGAAAGUAUAUAAUGGGGUCAGAGGAGAAUGUUCGCAACUAGAUUCGAGCUGUCGCUUGUGUGAUUCACGUGCCACUGGUCACUUAUCCCUUCUGCUCUCGCAUCUCUCAUAUUAUUUAUGCUCCGCCCACUUUUUCUAUACUAAAGGGAUGCUCCAGCGAGCUCUCAUUCUGCUCUGAGAUGGCAGCAGCUGUACGUUUUGUUCCUUGUAUCUUAUUACUUUGUUUUUCGUUCUCCGGAUUGUGUGUUUGCCACUUCCUUCCCGACUGGUCUUCCAUAUGAUCCGUCCCUCCCACUCUGUCUCUCUCAUUAUCAUUUAUCAGUCGCCUACGUUUCUCCCAUGUGACCGACUACUACUUCCUCACGAGAGUACAUUAAUUCAAGAUGCGCAGACACAUAAAGGACGCCGAAAACCAACGAUGACUUUCGAAAGUCACUGCUCUCUCCUCUGCGUCUCUUUUCCCUUCCAAUGGAAUGUUCGCGAAUGUAUCUUUCUCCGCGCCGCUCAGUUCUGAGUCUCCUCCGUUUCCCUUAGCUAUCCCCUUCGCCCGUGCAUUCCACGUGAAUACUUGACGUUUUUCUCCCCGAAAUUCCGGCGCCAUGAUUUGCAAGUCCGAUAGAAAAAGAUGAUAUUCGUUGCAAAUCAAACCUCGCCCCUCGCAAACCUCGCCCCUCUGGUAUUGUAUACUUUCCUCCUGUUCCUUUUUGUUCCAAUCUCCAUCCCUCCUUUUCCUUCUCUUUAAUCCCUAAUCUUCUUUUAGAACAAUGAUUCCAACAACCAGGCUUCCGAAUAACGUCGAGAUGCCUCUCAUAGGCCUAGGAACCACCCAUUCUGGUGGAUAUUACCACGACGCCGUCCUCCAUUCCAUUAACAAAUGCGGCUACCGUCUCAUUGAUACUGCGAAGAGAUACGGAGUUGAGAAGCAGUUGGGAAUAGCCGUUAAGAAUUGUUCUGUGCCUCGAGAGGACAUGUUCAUCUGUACGAAACUGUGGCCAGUGGAUUGUGGAGAAGGAGUCUUCAACGCCUUCAAGACUUCUUGUGAUAAACUGCAAACGGACUACCUGGACAUGUACAUGAUCCACAUGCCGCAACUUCCUGAUUGGAUAACGAAUCAGAAAGAGACGAGGGAGGAGACGUGGAGACAGAUGGAGCUGCUCUAUGAAGACGGUUAGUUUCUUUCUCGUUUGAACGCCUCAAUGGUUCAUUUUCAGAUCAUGUUCGUUCAAUCGGAGUGAGCAACUACUCGAUCGAGGACCUUGAAGAACUCUCCGAGUUUGCAAGUGUGCCACCACAUGCAAACCAAGUUGAAUUCCAUCCGUGGUUUCACCAAGACAACCUCAAAAAGUACUGCGACGAAGUGGGAGUCCUCACGAUGGGAUACUGUCCGUUGGCCAAGGGAAAGUAUUUGGACGAUGAGAUCCUUUGUCGGAUUGCGCAGAAGUACGGCAAAUCGCCUGCGCAAGUCUGUCUCCGCUGGAGUGUUCAGCAGAAUGUGCCCACUGUGCCGAAGAGUACGGAUCGCUGUCGGUUAGCGGAAAACACGAAUGUAUUCGACUUCGAGCUUUCUGAAGAUGACAUGUCACAACUCUCUUCGUUGUCCUCCCAGAACCAGAAGGUAUUUGUAGGCGCAUCUGAAUUCAUUGCUGACCUCUCUUAUUUCAGAUAGUUAAUUUGUCAGAUAUCUGCCAAAAGAUGUCACUGCCAGACGGCUACAAACUGAACGGCCGAGUGUUCGGAGUGCCGGACGACGAGGACGGAAUGCAGAAGAGUUGUUCGAAGUGUGCUCGGGACAGCAACGCUUCGCUUUCAGUCUGUAUCUAA